AUGACACUAUAUUUGUCGCUGUCAGUUACCAAUUGCGAUUCACGAUGCGAGAAUGUAUGGACAUUUCGUCCAAUUCCUCCUCCGGAGAACCCUACCUUAACGUCCCAAGAUGCGACCAUCAUUAUACCCUCCUUGCAAGGCUGUGGUGAGGAGUUGCGUGAGACAAUUAGGACAAUCUUAGUCAACGAGCCCUACCAGAUUUUCCUGGUGACCAUUGACGCGAACCGUGCAAACGCGCAGAAGAUGCUCGACACGAUGCCCGCAUCGAAAACCAGAAUCCAGCUCCUCAGCAUCCCCAAGCCGAACAAGAGACGGCAAAUGGUUCGCGCCAUUCCCGAGGUGCGCACGGAAAUCACAAUCUUCGUCGAUGAUGACGUGACGUGGCCCAGGACGGAAUUGAAGUGGAUGCUCGCCGUAUUCGAGAAAGACCCCAUUUACGGGGGCGUCGCGACAUGCCAGAGAUUACGGCGUGUGAACGCACCGAUGUUUUCGAUGCAGAAGAUCUGGGACUUCCUGGGGGCGUUGUACCUCGAACGGCGCAACUUUGAUUGUGCUGCGACUACCCAUGUGGAUGGCGGCAUGCCGUGCCUUUCUGGUCGUACCGUCGCGUAUCGGACCAAGAUCCUACAAGACCGCGAGUUUACCAUGGGGUUCACCAACGAGGAGUGGUGGUUUGGGCGGUAUGAGCUCAAUGCUGACGACGAUAACUUCUUAUCACGAUGGAUGGUUACUCACGGCUGGGAAACAUACUUUCAAUACCAUCCCGAGGCUGAGAUUCAAACAACACUCGAAGACAAUCCCAAAUUCCUGAAACAAUGUGUCAGAUGGUCGAGAAGUAACUGGCGCAGCAAUCUAACAACCUUAUUUCAGGAACACGUCGUCUGGUUAGCACACGAAGGCCGUUGUUCGAAUUGGACGCUAACUCAAGGGGUCCGUGUGGCCACCCACUCUCUAUUUAGCCGCCAACCGUGGAGCACCUACGCCGUCUUCCUGACCACGCUGUCACCUCCCGCUUUUAUUGGCGAUCUCUCUCUAAUCCUCUUCCUCUAUAAAGGUACAGAGGGUUGGAGUGGAGAGACCCGCACAUUGGCGAUGCAAGCACUCUUGCUGUGGAUGUUCGUUAGCAAAUUUAUCAAGUUGCUCGGCCAUUACAUCCGCUAUCCCGCCGAUUUCCUCCUACUCCCAGUUUCGAUAUUGUUUGGAUACCUCCAUGGUAUCAUCAAGGUUUACGCCGCCUUCACGCUCAAUGUGACGACAUGGGGUUCUCGUGAAGGCGCCGACGUCAGCGACACUGACCGGAUGAAGGAAAAACCGGAUUACGAUAACUCCUCUUUUUCCAAAGCGCGAUUAUUGGCAGCUCCUCAAUAG